GAAGGCUCGGCGGGGGCCCUCGCCGGGGCGCUGGACGACGGGCGGAAACCCACGGCAGUGCCUACACGUGCGCCUUCCCCGCGUCUUGCCCUAAGGCCCCAGCACACCCUGCCAAGCCCGCGGCCGCCGCUGCCCCCGCCGGGACCGAGAUUUUAUCCUGAUGGCUGACUCGAAGCCGCUGCCCUGCGCGGAUGGGGACCCCGUGGCCAUGGAGGCCCUGCUCCGGGAGGUGUUCUCGAUUGUGGUGGAUGAGGCCGUCCUGAAAGGGACCAGCGCCUCUGAGAAGGUCUGCGAGUGGAAGGAGCCUGAGGAGCUGAAGCAGCUGCUGGAUUUGGAGCUCCGGGGCCAGGGGGAGCGGCGGGAGCAGCUGCUGGAGCGCUGCCGCGCGGUGAUCCGCUACAGCGUGAAGACCGGUCACCCUCGGUUCUUCAACCAGCUCUUCUCAGGCUUGGAUCCGCACGCUCUGGCCGGGCGUAUCAUCACCGAGAGCCUCAAUACCAGCCAGUACACGUAUGAAAUCGCCCCCGUGUUUGUGCUGAUGGAAGAGGAGGUGCUGAGCAAGCUGCGGGCCCUGGUGGGCUGGACCUCCGGGGACGGGGUCUUCUGCCCCGGUGGCUCCAUCUCCAACAUGUACGCCCUGAACCUGGCCCGCUAUCACCGCUACCCGGAGUGCAAACAGAGGGGCCUCCGGGCGCUGCCGCCCCUGGCCCUCUUCGCGUCGGAGGAGUGCCACUAUUCCAUCAAGAAAGGAGCCGCUUUCCUGGGACUUGGCACCGACAGCGUCCGAGUGGUCAAGGCUGAUGAGAGAGGGAAGAUGGUCCCCGAGGAUCUGGAGAGGCAGAUCCGCCUGGCCGAGGCCGAGGGAGCGGUGCCAUUCCUGGUCAGCGCCACGUCUGGCACGACCGUGCUGGGGGCCUUCGACCCGCUGGAGGCCAUCGCUGACGUGUGCCAGCGUCACGGGCUGUGGCUGCACGUGGAUGCCGCCUGGGGCGGGAGCGUGCUGCUGUCACAGACACACAAGCAUCUCCUGGAUGGGAUCAGCAGGGCUGACUCCGUGACCUGGAACCCCCACAAGCUCCUGGGAGCCGGCCUGCAGUGCAGUGCCCUCCUGCUCCGGGACACCUCGAACCUGCUCAAGCGCUGCCACGGCUCCCAGGCCAGCUACCUUUUCCAGCAGGACAAGUUCUACGACGUGGCCCUGGACACGGGGGACAAAGUGGUGCAGUGCGGCCGCCACGUGGACUGCCUGAAGCUGUGGCUCAUGUGGAAAGCACAGGGUGGCCAGGGCCUGGAGCUGCGAGUGGACCGUGCCUUCGCCCUGGCCCGGUACCUGUUGGAGGAGGUGAAGAAGCGGGAAGGGUUUGAGCUGGUCAUGGAGCCUGAGUUCCUCAACGUCUGUUUCUGGUUCGUGCCGCCCAGCCUGCGGGGCCAGCAGAGGAGCCCAAAUUAUAGCCAGAGGCUGGCCCAGGUGGCGCCCGCACUCAAGGAGCGCAUGGUGAAAGAGGGCUCCAUGAUGAUCGGCUACCAGCCGCACGGGGCCCGGGUCAACUUCUUCCGCGUGGUGGUAGCCAACCCCGCGCUCACCCGCGCCGACGUGGACUUCCUGCUGGACGAGCUGGAGCGGCUGGGCCGGGACCUGUGAGCCUCCAGGAUGCCCCUGGGAUGCAGUGCCACUCUUUCAUUAAGAUUACGUUUAUAGAGAGAUUUUUAUUAAUAUGAAAAAGUAACUUUAACAUAAUAUGUCAGGAAAGCUGGCUGUAAGACUUUCUAGUAAAUUCUGAGCUCUAUUGAAGAAUGCAUAGGAAAAGAAAAGAUGAUGAGUGAGAUGUGCCAAAAUGAUAGCGGUUUUCCAUAGGAAGUACAAAUAGGAAAUUUAAAAAUCUAUUCCUUUGUUGUCUCCCCUUUUAUUAUGUAACUAAUAUAAAUCGCCUUGGUAGUAGGAAAAUAAUAAAGUUAAAAUUACAAUUA